UUUCAUGGGUGAUUGCUUGUCAAGUCCUGGAAAAAUUAGUUUUGUUGACUUGAUUUGAUUCGUAAGUUGUGUGAGUGCGUUAUUACCAAUUAAAGUCGAGUAAAUAAACGUUAAAUCAGGGAAAUCGGCUGUCUGUCAAUUGUUCCAGGACAUAUCUCUACAAAUAAGUUCUCCUAUGGCUGAAAAGCAAGCGUCGUUCUCGUGGCGCCUGUGAGAGUCCACGACUCAACUCCGUACAACAGUAUAGGAAAGAUAUAACAUCGCAGUAACCUGACUUUUAUGGGCAAUGAUAAAUCAUGACAUUUGAAUAACUUAGCCAUUUUUUGAAAUGCAGAUCUUGCUUUCUCUAUCCUACGUUAAUUUCUAUGGAAUGGUCCCAGUUUUCAUUGACGUUCGUACCAAGAUUAGUUCCGAAAAUUGUCAAUGGCGGUAUUGCCGGUAUUAUUGGUGUCACGUGUGUCUUCCCUUUAGAUCUUGUCAAAACUAGACUGCAAAAUCAACAAAUUGGUCCCAAUGGCGAGAAAAUGUACAAUAGUAUGGUUGACGCCUUCAAGAAGACGUAUAGGGCCGAAGGGUUUCUGGGCAUGUACCGAGGAUCUGCCGUUAACAUUCUACUGAUUACUCCAGAAAAAGCCAUCAAGUUAGCAGCUAACGAUUUUUUCAGAUACAACCUUCAAACUAAAGACAAGACCCUUCCAAUGUUUAGACAAAUGCUAGCAGGUGGUUCGGCAGGAUUAUGUCAAAUAGUAAUUACAACUCCCAUGGAGUUAUUAAAAAUUCAAAUGCAAGAUGCUGGAAGGGUUGCCGCACAAGCUCUCUUAGUUGGUAAGACUGUCCAGAAGACGUCCGCAACCGAACUGGCCAUUGGUUUGUUCAAAAAACAUGGUAUUCUUGGAUUGUACAAGGGUACUGGAGCGACUAUGUUAAGAGACGUCUCAUUUUCUGUGAUAUAUUUUCCUUUAUUUGCUACUCUUAAUGAUUUGGGUCCUCGAAGAAGUAAAGAUUCCAACGAAGCAGUAUUUUGGUGUUCAUUCUUGUCUGGCUGUGUAGCCGGAUCUUUUGCAGCUUUGGCAGUUAAUCCAUUCGAUGUUGUCAAGACGAGAUUGCAAGCUCUUACGAAAGCUGAAGGCGAACGAUCCUAUACAGGAAUAGGAAACGCAUUUGUCAAUAUUCUGAAGUACGAAGGUCCAAAAGCAUUCUUCAAGGGUGGCGCGUGCCGUAUGAUUGUCAUUGCACCUCUCUUUGGCAUAGCGCAGACCGUCUACUACCUUGGCGUGGCUGAAUACCUAAUGGGCUACCAUCGAGGCUAAACUUUUAAUAGAAAUCAAUAAUUUUUAAAGCAAUUUUAAGUAAUAACGCAGUCUAUUUAUUUUAUUUAAAAACAAUUAUUUUUAUAGUAAACUUCGGUAUUAUUACUGUUUUUGUUAGAAUGUUUAUAUUUAUUAUUGGAAAAAAACGUUGAAAAAUAUUUCUCAUGUGACGUUAUACAGUAUAUUUUAUAUAAAAGAAUCUCAUAGAAACCUGAACAUAUUUAUUUAAUUCCAGAAAACAUCCAGAUAUUUUUGGUAUAAGUCAAUAAAGUUUUUUAAUCACUUAUCCUUGUCAUUGCUUCUACUAUGUUAUAAUAGUCUUCUAUUUUAUUUUUUUAAUCUCUCCAUUAAAUGUAUUUAAGCUGUUUUCUGGUGGUCCGUUCAAGCCUAAAUAUUAUAUUUAUUUGAGAUUAAACCAUAAUUAUUGGUUGUAAUAAAAAAAAAUUCAUUUUACCUUUGUCUUUCACGUUUUGAUUUCCACUCCAAAAAUCUAUUCAAAAAAGAAUUGGUUACGGAAGUUUCUACUAUAAGCAUUUGUCUACAUAUAAGAUCUAUAAGAUCGAGGCUGAACAAGUCAUGUCAACUUUUGGCUGAACAAAAAGCUAGAAUAGGCCAUUCCAAUAUGCUGUCAAAAUUAAAUCAAUCUGACAGCGGGGUGGCAAACAUAAAUGUUCUAUCAGUUCUUAAUGUGUUUUAUAUCAUUUUCUUUUUAUUAUGUUAAAAUUUUGUUUUAUACACGGAUUAAUUUAACAUUCUCGCUAGAAGAAUUAAUCUAAAAGAUAAUAUGCCUCCUUUCUGUUGUGUUUUGAAGUGUGGAAUGCGAAGUAAUCAUGAUAUUGUUCAGUUUUAUCGGUCACCAUCAGUGCUAAUUUUUAAGCAUAAAACAACUAAAUAAGUUAUUAUCUGAGAUACAAAAACAAUGGUUAAAUGCUAUAAGACGUCCUAUAAAAAUGCUUGAUAACUAACUAUAUCCAUGUUACUUACGCUUGGAAAACUGUCUAAACCGUAGUUUAACUCAAGCCACUUGAGGGAAAGUGGGCCUAUAUUAUUUAUAUUGGCAAUCUUUUGCUUGUACCUACUAUGUAGCAGCAUUUGUAUUGUUUGCCAACAACUUUAUAUGCACUCAUGUUUAUUUAUUCACUGCUUAAAACUAAAUAAUGUCGUUCAAGUACUUCUGCAACUAAAAACUACACAAAAUCUACAACAAAAUGUUCGAAAAAUACAACUAAAAAACUGUUAACUAAUGUUUCCAAACAGUUUAAUUGUGAAGUCUACUCAGGAAACUACAGAAACCUGACUUGAAUAGAGCAUUGCACAUUAUGAUGAUUUUCUCAUGAAUGGCUCAAAGGAAUGUAAUUUUAGGAAAUAGAAGUGUUGUUUUGCGUUUGCGAACAAGGAUUUUGGGUAUUUGAAAAAGGAAGUUCAGAAAUUAUAAUAUUUGUCCGGUUUAACUUUCAAAACUUGGAAGUUUUUGCAGAGAUAUUUAAUUUAAACACACAGUUUACAUGAACAAACGUUAUUUAUUAUACAAGAUAAUUAUAUAAGGUUCCUUGUUCCCGAUAAAGAAGAUGAGCAUGCGUACUUCACACAGGCAUCUUUAAAUAAAUUAAUUCUGUCACCUCCAUAGAUGGUUACCGUGACCGACGGGGAUGACGUUACUGUCAUCGAAAUGACACCGAAACAUAGAACAUAAUGUCAUGAUAGAAUAAGAUGUUUCUAUUAUAAAUGGACGGAGAGUUGCCUACCAAAAACAACGAGAGAGGGCGCCAACUAAUUUUUAAGGAAAACCAGUAAAAACAAUCAAAGAAAUUAAUGAAUUAUUAAAGAAAAUAAAAUAAUUACAUAUUUGAAAAUAAAAUAAGAAAGAUAUUAUAAAAUAAAAAUGUAUACCAUUUUUAUUCAGUUGCAAUGCGAAGGUAAAACAAUCUUACUUUUCAAUUAGAAUACGGAGUGCAGUCCAGUCCCUUGAAUCGCGAUUUUCGGCUCUUAUUUGGAGCCUUCAUCGGAAGGAACGUAGGCACUGUUCUCCACCGUCGUCGUCUCUCGUCAAAGAUAUUAUAUUUUGUGAAAAUUGUUUUCGUUUUUAACUUUUGUUUUAGCGUGUAGUUAAAAAGAAAAGAAAGUUCUACUUACACUUAAGAAAUAUUUUUCGCUGUUUUACAAUCUUGUGAUUCUGUUAUACCUUUUAAGUUUGUGUAUAGAAAAUAAAGACGUACAAUACUCGAAAAAUACAAAAUUGUUCAGAAAUAAAUGUAGAUAAAAUUCUGUACAGCUUGAACUUGGAGAUAGUUGAUUUUGUAAAGAUUUAACGAUUGAUUCGCAUAGAGUUGAUCAGUAUUAAAUGUUAAACAUUUGUUACUGUGCUGUUAUUAUUUUUUAUUAUUUUUAAGCAAUAAAGUAGAUUUUUUGACAGGU